UCCAAUCAUCAAUAACCACCCCCCACCCCACCCCCAUCAAUCAAUCAUGAAAUUCCACAUUCUCACACAAAACACACACUAGCUAUGGCAAUCUCUCUCUUCCUCUCGAUUCCCCCGAAACCACCGUUUCCAUAAUCCAAUUACUGCCGAACCCUAGCUUCCCUCGCCAUGGCGAUUGUCACGGGCGACAGAUACCUGGAAUCACUCGUCAAAUUCGUCGAAAAUCAGGCGGACAAGCUGAUCGAAGGGACGUUAGUGUUGAAAUUGAAUCCCGUGGGUCUGCGGUAUGUGCAGUCCAGGCUGGAGGCGCUGGCGGAGCUGGAGAGUCUCUUGGCCGGAGCUCCGGUGGACUAUCUGCGGGCGUACGUUUCCGAUUUGGGCGAUCAUCGCGCGCUCGAACAGUUGCGGAGGAUUCUCCGCCUGCUCCCGUCGUUGAAGGUGGUCUCGGUGGUUCCGCCGCUGAGGAGGGACCCGACGCCGUUGUAUUUGCGGCCUUUUGGGAGGUUGAAGGCUCUGGAACUCCGUGGAUGUGAUUUGUCGACAUCUACGGCCAAUGGUUUGCUUGAGUUGAGGUUCACACUUGAGAAGUUGAUAUGCCAUAACUCAACUGUGUUGGAGAAUUUGGUUUUGGUUUGUGAGGUGAUUGGUUCAAGUAGUGAUGCACUCAGGCAUAUAUUUGCGAGUAGAAUUGCGGAUAUAAAGGAUUCACCCCAGUGGAAUCGGUUGUCCUUUGUUUCAUGUGCAUGUAAUGGCUUGGUUCUCAUGGAUGAGUCUUUGCGGCUUCUUCCUGCGGUUGAAACUCUUGACCUGAGUAGGAACAAGUUUGCAAAGGCGGAUAACCUCAGGAAGUGCACAAAAUUGAAGAAUGUGGACUUGGGAUUUAAUAAUUUGAGGAGCAUCACAUCAUUUGGGGAGGUCUCCUGUCAGAUUGUAAAGCUUGUGCUGAGGAACAAUGCGUUAACUUCAUUGCAUGGUCUUGAAAAUUUAAAGUCACUUCAAGGUCUGGAUCUGUCCUACAACAUAAUAUCAAACUUUUCAGAAAUAGAGAUGCUUGCUGGUCUUCCUUCUCUUGUUAACUUGUGGUUAGAAGGAAAUCCUAUUUGCUAUGCUAGGUGGUUCCGUGCUCAAGUAUUCAGCCUUUUUUCUCAUCCAGACCAACUCAAACUGGACGAGAAAAGUAUCUCAGUUUGUGAGUUUUGGAAGCGGCAAAUCAUAGUUGGAAGCAGGAAGAAGCAGCCUGCAAGCUUUGGAUUCUAUAUACCCCUACAAGAUGCUGAUGUGGAAGAAAGUAUAAACAAAAGAAAGAAGCGCAUCUCUCGCCUUGUCAGUAUUGAGAAUGACAACCAGAGCUUAUUAUGCUCCGACCAAGAUUCAGUGUCAUGUGAUAACGAGUUCCAUAGUAAAGAUGAGAACGCCAAUACAGAUGAAGCAGCGGAAAUAGAAGAUUUGAUGAAAAAGAUUGAGUUUAUGAAGAAGGACCAUUCUGUUCUAUGGUUGCAGGAAUUUAAAGAAUGGAUGAAUCAAGCAUCUGAAAAUUCUGUUGACGGUAGUAAAUGGAAUGCUGUCUUAUAUAGUGAUGAAGAAAUGCGUUUGAAGAGUGAGAUAAAAGGUGAAGAACUUUGCGAGACUUCAAGAUAUGUCUCCGACUCUGUUCAGCUUUCUGGAGAUGAAAGUAGCACAAUCGUUCUAGAAUCUGAGACCUCUUUUGCGGAUGCAUCCACUGUUGCCAGUGCCCAAAGGUACUUUGAUCAGAUUGGUGAAGCAGCUUCAAGACUUUUCAUGGGCAUUGCUGCAGGGGACCGGUUUUUAGCAAAAAAUAAUAAUGUUAAUCAGGAAGAGUCUAGAUUAUUAAGCAAUGAUGGGAUUGUGUCUGCAGAUUCUGGGAAGUCACUCUUCAAUUCUCUUGCAGUCCCCAAAGUGGACAAUUUGACCAAAAAUGCAGUCUCCCCUUUAACUCCAUUAAAUGACAAUACUGAGGGUCAUUUAUCAUCAGUGUUCCCAGGGUCUCCACCUCAUUACCAAGAGGAUAUUUUACACCGGCGACGCAAUUUAGAGGAAGAAUUUUUGCAGCUAUCUGCUGAAUCUCUCUCAGUUGCUUCCACUGACAGCAAUACAAGUUGUAGCGAAGAUGAGUCUGCAAAAGUUGGCCCUUCCACGACUCACAGUGAACAAUCUUUUCCUAAUAAUUCAUCAGAAAGGAAUCGUUAUGAUUUUAUUGUUGCUCCAUACAGAUUCAACUCAGGUGAUGCUUAUCAUGAUAACAUUUUGUUGAAGAAGUCAAAUGGGACACGUACAUCAAGCAUCUGUGCUGAAGGAAAUACUGUCAGCACUGAUGGCAGAGAGUUAGAAAUAUCCGCUCUGUGUAAUGAUGUGAGUUCAGGGAUUAACAAGGAGAAAACUGAUUGGUUGGACAAGACAAAAAGAAGAAAACCACCCAGGAGGAGAAUGAUAUCCUUACCAGAGGAGGAGGAUGUGCAAGGUGACAUAGACUCAUCAAAGAAGUCAAGUGACCUUGUGGAGACCUAUCAAAGUGAUGUUGUACAUGAAGUAUAAGAAGUCUGGUGAUUUAGUGAGCUGUAGGAAUUGACUGGCUCAAAAUAAUUGAGACCGCUUUAACUUAUAUCUUGGCUCAUGUUCCAUGGGAAAUAGUUCCGAUUUCAAUAGAUCAGAGGUGGAAAAGGCAAUUUUCAUUGGAACUUCCUGAAUUCCAGCGUUGCUCAUUGUAGGAUUUAAUGGGAUGCUUAGACACAAUGUCUGGUGCUGAAAAAAAGAUCCAGAUAUGAUGAAAGGGAAGUUGCAUAUGGUGGAGCAGCAAUAAAUAGGUUGUACAUGGAUGAGAUCAUUCACCGUUGAUACAUUGGAUAAAGCAUGGUUCCUGCAUUAGCUUCAAAACGUAGUAAUUUUUCGUGCAAGGAUGUGUUUCAAAAGAGUUCCGUUUUUUCUCAAAACAAGAAACCCUGAGUCGUUAAAGAUUGCCCCUUGAUUUCUUAGGCUUGCUGAAAAUCAUAUUCAUGCUGAGGCUACAGUGAAAAGUUGUUUUUUGUAAAUGAGAGACCAUGAUUGGUGUAUUUUGUAUUUUGCCAUUUCUUUAUUUUAUUCUUUUAGUGCGUAGGUGACCAUUGUUUUGUUACCUGUAAAUGUAAGGUUGAUUUGUAUUCAUUGAUUUGUUCUACAUGGAAUUAGGUGCUUGUGUAGAGUAGUUGUAUAGGCAUCCAGCUCGAAAUGUAUAGAUUUAUGAUAUUUAAUAUGAAUGAGUAGCAAUGUCAGAGCUGAAAUUUUAUCUACCUACUUGAAAGUAGGGCAAAAUCAUAAGUUGUAUGCCAUUUAUGUACUUGCUAAGAAGACGAGUUUUUCUGUGUAUUCAAUAUUCAUGCAUAUUUUUUCAAAUA